AUGGCCGCAACCACCGAACCGACUACGAAGACACCAGGGGGUAUCCCGCGAGACACGCCUGGGCGCGGCUCGCCUGCGCGUGCGCCUACCGCACCCGCAGUCGUCAAUGAUGGAACCGCUCGCGAGAGCGGGAAGCGAGACGAUAAGAUCCUCGCCACGCUCGCCGCACUCACCGAUCGACUGUCGAGCCUCGAGUCGUUGCAGAGAGUGCGAGACGAGGAGGAGCGCAUGCUCAGGGCCGUGGAGAGCGUACUGAUCGCCUCGAGACUCGGCGCCAACAUGCGCGGCCGACCGAUGACGAUUGACGCGAUCGGAGACGCGGAGGAGAAGGCACCAGUGCCACGUGGAGCACCGCAGCUGCAGCAGCGCGCACCAGCGUCUGCGCCACCUCCGCAGGAGUAUGCAGCGCUACCGCCGCCGCAACAAGUCGCUCCGCCACAAGCCUAUGUGCGUCCAGGCCUCAACGGCUACGGGAUGCCGUCCGCAAGCCAGCGGAAGUUGAACAUACGCAAGUUCGAUGGUACGGAGCUGUACCGCGGACUCGGGAGCGGAUUCUUUGACUGGGGGCGUACGUUUCUACGCGCGGUGAGCCUCGCGGAAGCGUCGUGUGGUUUCGGAUGGACCGAAGACGUCAAGGUCGACCUGCUUGGGCACUUUCUCACCGGCACGGCUGAGAGGUACUAUCACAAGCAGGUCGAUACCUGGUGGACGCAGUCACCCACACUGGAGUACAUCAUGGAGCAGCUCCUGCGCACGUUCAAGACGUCAAUCACUGCAAGCCAGGCGAUGAAGUUAUUCAUGGCCAAGAAGGACGCACGACGCACCUGGGCCGAGCACUUCCUGUACAUGGUCGCCGUCAGCGAGGCACGCGGUGGUGCCGACUCGCUUGUUCAUAAUAACAUCGUCCACCACGCUUCGCCAGAGCUGGAGCUGGCGCACUUCGCGCAGUCCAUUGAGCACGGCAGCAGCGCGGUGGGUCGUGAGGUCGUCGCCGCGCACGUGGAAGGCAAACCCAAGGGCGAGAUCACGUGCUACCGAUGUGGGCGAACAGGACACAUCGCAGCCGACUGUCGCGCGCGAGUCGUGCACGACGACGAGACAACUGCGGAGGGUGGAGGCUCCAGCGACGCCGCAGCGACCAAUGCAAGCGAUGAAGAGCGAGCCAUAGACGACUCAUGCAGCUUCGUGCUUAAGACGAGCGACGGAGUACGAGCCACGAACGGCACGCGCGGCCUCGUACUUGCGGCGACCGAUGCCUCGGGCGUCGGCCGAGGAGACUGGAUCCUCGAUAGCGGCGCGAGCCGGCAUCUUGUCAACAACGAGUCGCUGCUGCUUAAGUCGACGGCUUGCAGCCACGAGAUUGCAAUGGCAGACGGCGAGUCGCUUCACCUGACGCGUGUCGGCAGCGUGCGCCUCGAGGUUCUUGCGCGCGGCGCUGGAGCGGUAGUGACGCUCACGGAUGUGUACUUGGCGCCGCGACUGGCAAAGACUAUUGUGUCUUACGGCAAGCUCGCCAACAAAGGAUUUGCCCUAGUGCACUCCGGCAAAAGGCGCUUGCUCGCUCGGUGCAGAGAUGGUGCGGUCGCGUUCGAUGUCACAAUCGACAGCAACGUGCUGUAUGUCGUGACGAAGGCCACGCGCGACAAGGAAGGUGCAGGCGGAGACGCGAUCAUGGCGGCGCUCGAAGCGCAUGCAACGUAA